AGAGAUUCUACCACGAGAUGCACACCCUUAGCCGAUUAGUGUUCUUGGAACUUUAUGUUCGAUGUAAAUUAGGGUACCAAGUAGUUGCGGAGUGAUUUAUAAUCGAAAUUAGUGUGUUCAGGCAAGAAUAUAUGCACUGCCAGCCAGGUGUGAUAAGGACUUUAAGCUUUCUCCACGCCAGUGUUGUUGCAAAAUUUACCAAGAGAUUGGAGAAGAGAGAACAAUAAACAAAAAAACUGAAUAAUAUUAAAAAUUCAUGUAUGUAGCUUCCACAUAAGGAGGAAGAUUAAGUUAAAUUAAGCUCGACUGACACUGAGUGAGCUUUCAAGCUUUAAUGUAAAGGCAUCCCCUCUAUAGCUUGUUAUGCGGUUGGAUUCUGUUGCAACCCAAGUGGCCUAAGAUAUCGUAUAGAGUAGAGAAUAUUCAUAUUUAUCGUUAAAGGCAAAAUUCUAUCAGAUUACGCACAGAUUAAUAUAUAGUUAAAAGUAACAAAGGGAAGGAAAUAUGGCAAGUACCUCCAGGAAGAAAGUAUUGGUCGGUUGCACCGGUAGUGUAGCUACUAUCAAGCUGCCACAGCUGGUGGAGAUGCUGCGGCGAAAUAAUCUCGAGGUGAGAGUAGUCGUGACGGAGAGAGCCAAGCACUUCCUGAAAGAUGCCCAAUUGCCACCUGAAAUUCAAGUACUGUCUGAUACGGUGGAAUGGGCUGCCUGGCAGGAUCGAGGCGAUCCAGUACUGCACAUAGACCUGGUAAAGUGGGCUGACAUAUUCGUGAUAGCGCCAUUGGACGCCAAUACCUUGGGCAAGAUUGCCAGCGGAAUAUGCGACAAUAUCGUUACAUGCGUUGCUCGCGCAUGGGACCCUAUGAAGCCGCUCCUCUUUUGCCCAGCUAUGAACACCAAAAUGUGGGAACAUCCGAUCACCAUGCCGCAAGUAACGCUGCUCAAGUCCUGGGGCUACAAGGAGGUGCAUUGCGUGUCCAAGACGCUGAUGUGCGGCGAUACGGGGAUGGGCGCGAUGGCCGAAGUGGACACGAUUGUACAGUCGACCUUGCGAGCCUUGGCUCCUUCUUGGGAUUCGUUGGAUCCGCCUUUCUAGCAUCGGCCAAGGUCAUCCUCCUCGUGCGAGGCUCGUCGACGAGCACGCGAAUAUCGAUGAGGAUGUCCUGAUCCAAGAACGUGUCGCAUCGAGAUCUCAAGAGACGCGCUAUGAUGCGAUUCGAACAUACGCUUAAUAUAUAAAAUACACGCCAAUGUUGCUUAUCUAACAGAUUCAGGAUUACGAGCCUAAGGACCACAAAAAUUUCGGGCCAUAUACGAGUUAUGUGAUAAAAUUUACGUAUGCUUUACGUUUAUCAAUACAAAUAUCUGUCAAUAAGUUUUCCUCGAAUUAUAUCGUUUUUUUGUAAGGAUUAUAUUUAAAAAAAAUAAUUUUUAAGAUGAAUCUUAAAUUAUUUGUUAUAUUCUUGAGGUAAUGUUGUUAAUUAGAAAUCUGUAGAAAUGAACACAAACGGUAAAAUAUGAAUUUGAACGCAUCAUGGUCGUCAUAUCCCUUGCUCAACCUGGAAUAAAUCAAUCUUACAGAGAGGAACAAGCGAGAUAAUCGUAAAUUUAUCUGUCCAGUUGCCGAAAUGCCAUAUAUAAAGAAUGCUGUAAAGAAGACGAUUCUGUGUUGACAUAUCCUAAGAGUUGAUCGAUAAGAGUUGAUUUGCCAGAAUGUAUACAUGCUUCUGUUGAAUUAUAUGAACGAUAUAAUAUAUGAACAAAUAAAUAUAUACAAGGUGUUCUCCUCUAGAAAAA